AGAGCAUUGUCAAAAUAGCGCCCUCAAGAGUUAAUGGUAGUCCAACUUCGCGGAACCAUUGCCCCUGCCAGCGGGAAUUAAUUACAGCCACAGGUCUGCAGGGCCCCGCAGCUACACUUCACCAGCUUUUCCGUAUCAAUCAUUCGGGAACAACAUCAAAAUGGAAGAUCAACCCACUGACCCAUUGGACCAUAGAGGCAGCGGCAAAGACACAUUGCAGCAGCAACCGUCGGACCAAGCAGUGCAGGCUGCAGCAACGCCAGAUGACCAGCAUGGGAACCAGGGAAGGGUACCCCAGGAUGCAUCUCAAGGGCAGCCUCCCAAGGGUAAACAUGAGUCUAAGCAGCAUGGCCCAGGAAAGAAAGGGGGAAAGAAGACGAACGGUCGGACCAAUUCUGCCUUGGAAGCUGUGAAAAAGAAAGGCAGAGAAAAUGUCCAGCAAAGCCAGACAGGGGAGGAUGAUCUUGCAGUUCAGAUGGCAGGGAUGACGAUAUCUGAAACAUUGCAAGCUGUUCCUAGUGGGACUGGCCUCGUAUAUGAUGAGUGUCUAACCCAACACACGUGCCCCUUCAACAGUCGCCACUUUAUAGCCGAGCAUUAUGAUCGCAUACUGAUGUGCCAUAAGAGACUACAGGACUACAAGCUUCUUGAAAGAUGUACCCAUGUCACUGUCCGUUUAGCUUUAGAUGAUGAAAUCCUCAGCGUACACAGUGCUGACUACCUGGAAAGUUUCAAAACUACCCAGACGAUGGGUGACAACGAGCUGAAAUCGUGGGCCGAGCAAUAUGACUCUGUCUUUGUGAACAAUAAUACUUAUGAGUGUGCCAGUCUUGUAUUGGGUGGCUUGCUCGAUCUGACAGAAAAGGUCGUCAAAGGAGAGCUUCGAAACGGCAUUGCCAUAGUUAGGCCUCCCGGUCACCACGCACAACGGACCAUAGCGUGUGGAUACUCCCUUUUUAACAACGUAGCUCUAGCGGCCCAUAUGGCAAGACAUAAAUGGAACUGUGAAAGGGUUUUGAUUGUGGACUGGGACGUUCAUCAUGGACAGGGUGUGCAGUAUAUUUUUGAAGAGGAUCCAAGUGUGCUUUACUUCUCGAUUCAUCGGUUUGAACACCUCGAUUUCUGGCCCCAUUUGACGGAUUCAGACAGCAACGUGUUCGGGAAGGGAAGAGGGCUAGGCUUCAACGUCAACGUUCCUUGGAACAAGGUUGGGAUGGGCGACAGUGAAUACCUAGCUGUGUUUCAGCAAGUGCUUCUCCCUAUGGCCUAUGAGUUUAACCCAGAUUUGGUGCUGGUUUGUUGUGGUUUUGAUUCUGCAAUCGGCGACCCCAAGGGUGAGAUGGCAAUUACUCCAGUGGGCUACACCCAUCUGACCCAUGCUCUGAUGGGCCUGGCCGACGGGAAAGUCGUGCUUGCUCUUGAGGGCGGCUACAAUUUGAAAGUGAUGGCAGAGUGUGCAGCGAUGUGCACACAGACGCUGCUGGGAGAUCCCUGCCCUCUGCUCCCACCAACAACUGAACCCGAUGAAAGUGCUGUUGAGACCAUACUGGAUGUGAUCAAGAAUAUCAGGCCUCAUUGGCAGUGCUAUGAGUAUCAAGUUGCUCCUGAAUAUGUACAAAGUGAUUUGGUGUCAAGCACCAGUUCAGGCAAGAUGCCUUCUCAAGCAAUCAAAACUGACCAAUCACCUCAAAGAGGAACAGAGCAGGGGGCGGGGCCUUUGGAUUCAACUGUCCAAUCAGCUGAGGGGUUGGAGACUGUGGAUUCAAACACCCAAUCAGAAGGAGCAGCCACCAAAGGGGUGGAGCCUGUGGUUUCAACUGUCCAAUCAGAGGGAACAACUGAUAAAGGGGUGGAGCCUGUUGUUGGUUUGACCUGCCAAUCAGAGGGAACAACUGAAAAAGGGGCGGAGCCUGUGCAAUCGACAAUCCAGUCAGUAGAGAGACCAACCAGUAAGGAAGUGGAGCCUGAAGAGAUUGACAGUUUGGUCAACAGGCUGAUUUCAGAAGUUGUCCUGACCGUUCCCAAACACAGGACUUGUCUAGUUUACGACGCAGAAAUGAUGCAACACAGGACAGCUUUCAACCAUCCAGAAAGGCCAGAGAGGAUUUCUCGCAUCUUCUCCAAGCAUGAGAAAAUGGGACUUGUCCAGAGGUGUCUUCGAGUAGAGUCUAGGAGAGCAACAACAGAAGAAUUGCAUUGGUGUCACAGUGCUGAGUACAUCGAGAGACUUCAGGCCAUGCAGGAGAACACAUCCCGAGAGCUGUACAAGAUGCAAGACGACUUUAAUUCCAUUUAUCUCCAUCAGAGUUCCUUUGACUGCGCCUCUCUAGCUGUGGGCUCAACACUGAAUGUAGUUGACAUGAUUCUGUCCAAUCAGGCUCGAAAUGGUGUGGCCAUAGUGAGACCACCGGGCCACCAUGCAGAAGCCCACACUGCUAUGGGGUUCUGCUUUUUCAACACUGUGGCACUAGCAGCACGAUAUGCCCAGCGCAAGUUUGGACUGAAAAGGGUCCUCAUUCUUGACUGGGAUAUUCACCAUGGCAACGGUACCCAGCAUGCCUUUGAGUCAGACCCCAGCGUUCUCUACAUAUCCCUGCACCGCUACGAGAACGGGAUGUUCUUCCCUUCCAGCCCCGACGGUGCCCCGGACGUGACCGGCCAGGGGGAAGGGGAGGGAUAUAAUGUCAACAUUGCAUGGAACGUGGACUCAAUGGGGGACGCAGAAUACAUCGCUGCGUUCACUCAGAUUGUCAUGCCCAUAGCGUAUGAGUACAGUCCUGAAUUGGUGCUUGUGUCCGCCGGUUUCGACGCUGCAUGUGGAGAUCCCCUGGGAGGAUACAAGGUGACUCCUGCAGGGUACGCCCACAUGACCCACAUGCUGAGUAGCCUGGCCAACGGCAGAGUGGUUGUUUCUUUAGAGGGUGGUUACAACUUGAACUCCAUCUCUGAAUCCAUGGCCAUGUGCACCAGGACGCUGUUAGGUGAUCCCUGUCCAUCCAUCCACCCCGGCUCGCCAUGUCCGAGUGCCAUCCAGGCGAUCUUAGAGACCCUGUAUGAACAUCAAGAGUACUGGAAGAGCCUCAAGUACCAAGUUAACCUACCUACCAAUAGCUCCGUAGAAGAUGUCAAAGCAAAAGCUACAAGCACACAGAACAAGGACGCUGUUUGUUCACAACCGAGAACAUCCUCAUCAGGCGGAGAUAUGGACAAGCAUGGAGCUGACGAUACUGCUUCUAGUUCUCGCCCUUACCUUCACGACCCCGAUGGAGCUGGGGAGUGCGCCCCCAAGAGUGAGGCUACACCAGCUGACGCUGCCGCAGCACCAGUUACUGGAGGGAAUGGAGACAACAAACCGUCGAUGGAGGAGCUUGGGGCAGCUGGUGGAGUCGAUCCCGCUAAUAAAAGUACGGUCACGUCAUCCGCUGGUGAAGGCAAAACCAUUGCAGAUGUCUUUGGGCAACAGCCAGAGCUGUUUGCUGUGGUGCCUCUUCCCUGGUGCCCACACCUAGAAGGUCACGUGUCACCCAUCCCCGUUUCGUCCCCCAUUGAUACCAGGGACCCUUGCAGUGAGUGUGGGGACACCAGCGAAAAUUGGGUGUGUCUACAAUGUUACCAGGUACUCUGCGGCCGGUACGUGAACGAACACAUGUUGUUCCACAGUAUUUCAACCUCCCACCUUGUUGUAUUGAGCUAUGCUGACUUAUCAGUGUGGUGCUAUGGGUGUGAUUCCUACGUUCACCAUCAGAUCGUAUUUCCUGCGAAGAGAGCCGGUCACAUCAGUAAAUUUGGCUGUGAUGAUCCCGGGAUAUGAGUGCACUGAAUGCCAUGUCGACAUGCAGGGCAGUUCGUGACAUCUUGUGUCAAAUAUUUUUUAAACGUUAUAACCGACUUGUGCAAGUUUUCUAUAAUCAAUAUAAUAUGCAUGUAAUAACAUCCGAAUUAACCUAUAACGUAUUCGAUUUAUUUUCGUGCAUUUUCCAUUCAGUUUUUGCUUUGCAGCUUUAGGCUUUCCUGGACGGAAGCUUAUUCUUAGAAAUUCCAAAGAAUGAUAAAUAAUGAGACCGUCAUGUUUGAGUAAAUUAGAGGGGAAAAAACUGAAACAAACCCAAUGUUGUAACUUAGGCCUAUACAGCGUUUUCAAGUUGAACAGUUUUUAUAGUUUAAAAAAAUGGUGGCACGAAAAAAAAAUGACAUUUUGUGUUAACCGCAACAUUCAUCGUCCACUUAAUAUGUUUUUGAGCUAACCAGUGGAUAAUAAGAUUGUGGACGAGUUGCCUGGAUUCGUGAUAUUGUUGUUCAGUUAACACUAAAGACGUGAUCAAGAUCAACAAACAAAAUACACUUGGGCAAAAACGACAUGAUCAGCAUUGACACUGAAUUGUAAAAUUACAGAUGUAAUGAUAAGUUUCUCGCAAUACCAAUCAAACGAUAUUGGACAAAACAAGUGAAAACAUCAAAACUAUCAAAGAACAUGACAGGAAUUUAGUUGGAAUGAAAUAUAAAAGCAGCAAAAUCACAGUUACAUGUGUGAAAGGUUUUGGAAUUAUUUGGUGCUUUUUUCCAUGUAUCAUAGCGCCCUCACCCGGUCGUAAGUCGACAUGCCUCUCCAAAACUUGUAGUUUUAGAGGUGAUAAACAAAUCUUUUUGUAAUAUAAAGGUAUUCAAGACAAGACAAAUCCAGUGUGCAUGCUUUAAAGUUCCUUUUGGUAAUUCGAGGUGCAAAAGAAAUAGGAAACGUAUAUUUUUACAUUAUUAAUUUGUUUUCUUUUAUAUUUAAGGAGUUAAAAGUAUGCAAUAUAUAUAUCAUUGCUUGAUUAAUUAUCUAUAUAAUACGUGAAUCUUAAUUCUUCUAUUAUGCAGGAUUAAAAGUGUAUAUCUGAUUUUAAAAAA